CCGCCCUCCCCCAGCUCCCCCCCUCCGGCCGGCCGGCGCGCGCACAGCUGCCGUUCCCGGUGUUAACGCAGUGCCAGCGCGGCACUGCUGGGAGGGAAGCGGGGGGCGCGGCGCUGCCCGGGCCUGGCGGGCUCCACGUGGCGGGCCGACCCCCUCCCGCGGGCCCCCCAGGCCCUCUACCCGCCUCUCUCCCUCUCAGGCCACGGGGAGCCUGGGUAGGGCCGCGUAGCCGUCUUGGCCGGAAAGAGCUGGGUGGGGGCGGGGCCGAAGUCUCGGUCCGCCACCCCUCCCCCUCCCCGAACCCUCCCCCUCCUGCCGGUGCCCUGGGGGCCGCCCGCCGCCGGCCCGCCGCCUCCCGCGCAGACUGCCUGGCCGUUCCUCAUGUCUGGAAUGUACUCCCUCUUCACCUAGAGUCACCGACUCCCCCGGAGUGAGGCUCAUUAGGACCACCUCCUGUGCAAGGCUCCAGGACCCACUCUCUAUUCACUUCUCUGGGGACCCCGGUGUCCGAGCAGCCGCCUUCCAUCCAUAGCAGGAUGUGGUACCAGAGGCUACCCCAGAUAUUCUGCGGCAUUCAGCACCAGUUGAAGGGAGGAGUGAGACACCAGGACCUAAAGCAUCCUUGUUUCCCAAACAGACUUCCAGCGGCUCGUCGAUGGCAGCACACGGCCCUGGGGCCUCGGGACUGUGCCUGGCAGCAGCAUGAGGAUCAUUUGGAACUACGCUAUGCCGGCACGGUGAUGAGAUUUGAUUACGUCUGGCUCAGAGACCACUGCCGCUCGGCAUCUUGCUAUAACUCCAAGACCAAUCAACGCAGCUUGGACACUGCUAGUGUGGACUUGGGCAUCAAGCCUCAGACUAUACGUUUGAAUGAGACCAUGCUCUUUCUCACAUGGCCGGAUGGUCAUGUGACCAGGUACAGUUUGGAGUGGCUGCUGAAGAAUAGCUAUGAAGGGCAGAAGCAGGCUGUCCAGCCUAAAAUUUUGUGGAACGCAGAGAUCUACCAGCAGGCUCAAGUGUUGCCUGUCGACUUCCAGAGUUUUUUGGAGACCAAAGAUGGCCUGAAGGAGUUUCUGCAGAAUUUCCUGCUCUACGGGAUUGCAUUUGUAGAGAAUGUCCCUCCAACUCAAGAGGAUACAGAAAAGUUAGCAGGCAGAAUCAGUUUGAUCAGAGAAACCAUCUAUGGUAGGAUGUGGUAUUUUACUUCUGAUUUCUCCAGGGGAGACACAGCGUACACCAAACUAGCCCUGGAUCGCCACACAGACACCACUUAUUUCCAAGAGCCUUGUGGCAUUCAGGUAUUUCAUUGUCUCAAACAUGAAGGGACUGGUGGUAGAACUCUGCUUGUCGAUGGAUUCUAUGCAGCAGAAAGAGUCCUGCAGAGGGCUCCUGCAGACUUUGAUCUCCUCAGCAAGGUGCCACUGAAACAUGAGUAUAUUGAAAAUGUGGGAGAAUGUCACAAUCACAUGAUUGGAGUUGGGCCAGUCUUGAAUAUCCACCCGUGGAACAAAGAACUCUACUUAAUCAGGUAUAACAAUUAUGACCGUGCAGUCAUCAACACGGUGCCUUAUGAUGUUGUCCACCGUUGGUAUGCGGCGCACCGGACUCUUACAACAGAGCUGAGGAGGCCAGAGAAUGAAUUAUGGAUCAAACUGAAACCAGGCAAGGCCCUAUUUAUAGACAACUGGCGUGUUCUACAUGGCCGGGAAUCAUUCACGGGCUAUCGCCAGCUAUGUGGCUGUUACCUGACGAGAGAUGAUGUGCUAAAUACAGCCCGCUUCCUUGGGCUUCAAGCUUAAAACUUCAGCCAUGGAAACGAAGCCUGAUGGCCACUAAGCACACUGGCUACCAGACAGAAUUGCACAAGGACCUAAAGAGCAGGAACUCUUGUGUCAAUAUUUAGACUGGCCUCCUAGAGCAUCCCACAUUAUUUAAGUUUUCUCUUGUUACUGACAUGGGAACAUACAAAAGAGAGGUCCUAUUAGGCUUCAAAGUCUCCCAUCCAAUGGCAAAACACUUUACAUUCUCUUUUAUAGAGCAGGCUUUUUUUUUAAUUCUUGGGCCUUUUGGUAUAAUCCAGAUCAGUUCACUCCCAUGCUAUCCCCACAAUAAAUCCCUUUGUAUCUGAAGCCCUUAAAACAGUCUUAGACUAGGAGCAAUAUUGCUGAGAGUUGGGAGAGACUUCAGCAUUUAGGUCAACUCCCUCACUUUGGAAAUUGGGAAAACAGAGGCCCUGGGAAAUCGAAUGGCUGAUUCCAAGGUCUUAGAGGUAGUUUUCAUCAGAGUCAGGACUCAACCCAAGUACUCCUUAAUCCCCUCAAUGGAAAGGUCGAGGAUAUCCUGGGAGAUUCUCAGGUCUAUAUCAUUCAUCCUUUGCUGCUUAGCAAGGUCCGUGAGCGCAGGUGGAAUCAAGGAAUCUGAAGUUUAAAUUUGGAUGAGACCUCAGAGAUAAUCCAAUUCCCACAUUUUAUAUACGGGAAGUGACUUAUCCAAGCUCAUAUAAGUAGAAGUGCCUGGACUUGGAUUUGAACUCCAAAGAUCAUACAGCUAUGUGACCCUGAGUCUUAUGAUUCCAAAUGCAGUUCACUCUCCUUUAUUGACCUCAGAAUCUUGGAUUCAGACCAGGAAGGGUUAUUAAAGAUCCUCCAGUGUAAGCCCAUCAUUUGGUAGAUGAGGAACAGACACGUCCAAAAUUACACAUGCAGAAAAAAACAGUUGGGAUGCAAGGACCUUGAAGGGCAAAGACCUUGGUUGUACUUAGAGUGAGACACCUUUAAGUCAUAGUUUAGCAGUACAUGGUUAUUUUCCUCAGUUUCCAUUAUUUUAUAACUUUGGUACUAGAAAGUAUUGAAUGCCUUUCAUCUGAGAAUUCUCAUGCUUUGCUUUUGACAUUUUCAUUCGUAGCUAUAGGGGUUUCCUAGAACAUCUCCCUUGGGACUUGGGGGCGGGGAGUCACAGGAUGGCAGAGAUAGAAGAGACCUUCUGAUAAAAACCCCUGAUUUCGUAGAUGAGGACACUGUGACCCAAAGAAGAAAAAAGAAAAAGACUUAUAGGAUCAUGGAUUUAGAGCCAAAGCCUUUGGAGACCAUCAUUGGAGAGAGGCAUAGAGAGCUCAAAUGCCUCUGCCCCGGAGGCAGAAUUCACAUUUGAACCCAGAUUAGCGAACAUUUGAUGCCACAUUUUGAAGGGAUUUUAGAAAUAAACCAGGCCAACUGCCCAAAUUUUACAUGGAAGGACCUGAUGCAGAUAAGGGGAAAGGGCUCACCUGGCUCACCUGUCAGCAAGCAGUAAGCAAGGAUGGUUUAUUUACAAAGUACCUGCAUUGUUCUGCUUGUGUAGUCUGUGAGUGGCAGGAUGACCAUUUCUGUUGGGCUUCCACAUUUACAAGGCACUUUCAUUUGGCUCCUUUCUGCCUCCCAAUAACCCUAGGAAGUAGAUGUUACAGAAAUCCUAAGGGGCCCUAAGAAACCACAUCCAGGACAACCCAGCCAUGUUACAGAUGAGAACUUGCACAGUGGAUGAGACAGGUGUGUGUGUGUGUGUGUGUGUGUGUAAAGAGGGAGGUGGGAAAACUGAAUUUUUGAAAGGUGAAGAAGUUCAUAUGGAUUCAGGGUGAAGGAAAAGGAAGAGAAUAAGCAUUUCUAGAGAAUCUGCCAUGAACUGUGUAAGCACUUUCCAGUCAGCUCAGUGGAUCCUCACAAUAACCCUGGGAGGUGGAUGCUAUUAUGGUCUCCAUUUGACAGAGGAGGAAACUGGAGUAAACAGAGAUGAAGUGACUGGUCCAGAGUAGCAUGGCUAGGAAGUGUCUGAGGCUAGAUAUGAACUCUGCCCUGUGGUGCCCCCCUGACCUCCUAGGGGUAUAGUUCCGAAUUUCUGAUAAUCAUAAUCCCUUAUAGAUUUAUGUAGCACUAGAAUAUUUCUAAAACAUUCCACAUACAUUAUCUCAUUUGAGCUCCUUGAGCCCAUAUGGUAUUUGGAAGAGGCAACAGCACUGUUUUUUACAAAUGAGCAAAUAGAAGUGCAGAGGGGCAUCAUGGUCUAGCGGAUAGAAAACCUGAGUUCCAAUUCCACCUUGGACACCUGCUGUUUGUGUGACCCUGGGCAAGUCCCUUAGCCCUCAUGGCGGUCUGGACAAUCCUCUGACAGAGAAGGUACAAAAGAGUUAUUGAUCUCCAUUGAUGGAGGGAGUCUCCUCACCCAAGGAGGUUCUGAGGAAAGAACAGAUCCAUACCAAAAAAUCUCCCCCCCAAAAAACCAACAACAAAACCCUCGAGCAGAACAUUUUUAAAGAAUGAGGAAACUGGCCACCCAGAGCAUUUCCAGGUCUUUGACCCCUUCCCAGAAUGGUUCCAACCCUGUUCUUUCACUAUGAGAACAAUAUACAGCACUCUUCACUCUCCAGCUUUCAUCUGAAUAAGAGAAUGGAGGGCGGCUUUUCUGACAUGUCAAGAUCGUGGUGGCAUACAAGAGUAAUUCUAAAUCCAGACCCUUGCAUUUUCCCCCAAAUUUUCUGAUUUUCCCUCCUAGGAAAGAAAUGCUAUAUAUAGCAGAAAAUGUAUUUUCUAUUUGUUCAUAGGAUUGUAGAUCUAGAGCUAGAAAGUCCCUCAAAAACCAUCUGCUUCAACCCUUCUAAUUUGAUAGAUGAGGAA